AUGGCAGCUCUGCAGAGGCGCCGGGACUGCGGUGAGCUACUCUGGCUUUUCAUUCUCCUGGGGUGGUUGUGGGGGAUCGCAGCUGGACAGAUCCGCUACUCUAUUCCCGAGGAAUUAGAGAAAGGUUCCUUCGUGGGGAACAUCACCAAGGACUUGGGAAUACAAUCCAAGGAGCUGGCGGAGCACAGAGUCCGCGUCGUCUCCAGAGAUAGGACGCAGCUUUUCUCUCUGAAUCCGCGGAGCGGCAGCUUGGUUACCGCGGGCAGGAUCGACCGGGAGGAGCUCUGCGCCCAGAGCCCGCGGUGUCUCGUGAGUUUUAACAUCCUUAUGGAGGAUAAAUUGAAUCUUUUUCCUGUGGAAGUGGAAAUAUUAGAUGUUAAUGACAAUGCACCCAGAUUCUUAAGGGAAGCAUUGGAAGUAAAAAUCCUCGAAAACUCAGCUCCAUCUUCUCGUUUUCUGCUAAUGGAGGUCUAUGACCCUGAUGUUGGAAUGAACUCUCUCCAGAGCUUCAAGCUCAGCAGCAAUAGUCAUUUCUCAGUGGAUGUACAAAGCCAAGCCCAGGGAACCAAGCACCCAGAGCUGGUCCUUGAACAUGCCCUGGACCGGGAGGUUGAAGCCACUUACCACCUGGUCCUUACUGCCAUGGAUGGUGGUGAUCCUGUCCGCUCAAGCAUGGCACAAAUUCUAGUAACUGUCUUAGAUGCAAAUGACAAUGCUCCAGUGUUUACUCAGUCUAUCUAUCGCGUGAAUGUUCCUGAAAAUCUGCCUGUAGGUACACUGGUGUUGUCAGUGAAUGCCACUGACCAGGAUGAAGGCAUUCAUGCAGAAGUAACAUAUUCCUUUGGAAAGAUCUCACAGAUUUUCCACUUGAAUGCUUUGACUGGAGAAAUUUCUGUUUCUGCACCUCUAGACUAUGAGGAAUGCAGUUUGUAUGAGUUGGAUGUUGAAGCCCGAGAUCAGCCUGGUCUUCAAGACAGAGCAAAAGUAUUAAUAACCAUCUUGGAUGUGAAUGAUAAUGAACCAGAAGUGGUCAUCACAUCUGGAAGCAGAACCAUUGCUGAAAAUGCACCUCCUGGAACAGUGGUUGCUCUUUUUCAAGUUUAUGAUCGAGACUCUGGACAGAAUGGUCAGGUAACAUGCUCCAUCCCCAGAAAUCUUCCAUUUGAAUUGGAAAGAUCAAUAGACAAUUAUUAUCGAUUAGUGACAAAUUCAAUUCUAGACCAGGAACAGGUGUCUCUGUAUAACAUCACAGUAACAGCCACAGACAAAGGAACACCACCUCUGUCUACAGAAAAGCUCAUCUACUUAAGCGUGGCGGACACUAACGACAACCCACCCAUGUUCUCCCACUCAUCCUACUCUGUCUAUGUCCCUGAGAACAAUCCUAGAGGAACCUCCAUCUUCUCCUUGAAGGCACUUGACCCUGACAGUGAAGAAAAUGCACAAGUCAUCUACUCCCUAGCCAAAGAAACCCCCCAGGGUACACCUUUGUCUUCCUACCUUUCCAUCAACCCCAACACUGGUGUUCUGUAUGCAUUGUGCUCCUUUGACUAUGAAGAGUUUAGAGACUUGCACUUACUGGUGACUGCCAGUGACAGAGGUAACCCCCCACUCAGCAGCAAUGUGUCACUAAACCUGUUCAUUCUGGACCAGAAUGACAAUGCACCUGAGAUCCUGUACCCUGCUCCCCCAAAUGAUGGUUCUACUGGUGUGGAGCUGGCUCCCCGCUCUGCAGAGCCUGGUUAUCUGGUGACCAAGGUGGUGGCAGUAGACAAAGACUCAGGACAGAAUGCCUGGCUGUCCUACCGCCUGCUCAAGGCCAGUGAACCUGGGCUCUUCAUGGUGGGGCUGCACACAGGUGAGGUGCGCACAGCAAGGGCCCUUGUGGACAGAGAUGCGCUCAAGCAGAGCCUGGUGGUGUCUGUGCAGGACCAUGGCCAGCCCCCUCUCUCAGCCACUGUCACACUCACUGUGGCUGUAGCUGACAGCAUCCCCGACAUUCUGGCUGACUUGGGGCACCUUGAGCCGCCAAACAAUUCUGAUGCUUCAGAUCUUACACUCUAUCUCGUGGUGGCAGUAGCUGCUGUUUCUUGUAUUUUCCUCGCCUUUGUUAUGGUACUGCUGGUGUUCAGACUGCGGCACUGGUACAAGUCUAGUUUGCUGAAAGUUCCGAGUGAAGGAUUUUCAAGUGUACCCACUUCUCACUUCGUGGGUGUAGAGGGGGUUCAGGCUUUCCUACAGACCUACUCCCAUGAAGUCUCCCUCACUGCAGACUCUAGGAAGAGCCACAUCAUCUUCCCCCAGCCCAACUAUGCCCACACGCUCAUCAGCCAGGAGGGCUGUGAGAAGAACGAGCCUCUAUUGAUACAGGAUGAUUCAAGUUUUUGUAAAGAGGAAAACUCUUCUGUUCAGGUACUUUGUCACAGCAGUGAAAAGCUAAUGCAAUAUAAUCCUGAUUCUUUUCCUUUAUAA